UUUUCAAAUUUGAGAAUAUUUGUUUGCAUGGAAACCGACAAGUAAAUGCCACUGCGUCCUUCAACCUUUGCGAAAAUUCAAAGACCCCUUUACCUAUGGAACUUGAUGAUUCGAGACUCUACCAAUGAUGGGUUCUUCACCGAAACCCUAAAAUUAUAUUCUUUUAUGCACCACUCUGGUGUCCAUGGCAACACCUUCACCUACCCUUUACUCCUCAAGUCAUGUGCCAACCUCCUUUCCAUUCCACACGGUACAAUGCUUCACGGGCAUGUCCUUAGACUUGGAUUUCAAGCUGAUACAUUUGUUCAAACUGCACUUGUUGAUAUGUAUUCAAAGUGUUCUGUUAUUGAAUCUGCAAGAAAGGUGUUUGAUGAAAUGCCGCAAAGAAGUGUUGUUUCGUGGAAUGCUGUGAUUUCGGCUUACUGUCACGAGUCUUUGAUGAAUAAGGCAUUGAGCCUCUUGAAAGAGAUGUUGGUUGUUGGUUUUGAACCGAGUUCGUCUACGUUUGUUUCUAUUUUAUCGGGUUAUUCUUCUGAUUUGCAUUCUUUGGAGUUUCUCUGGCAGAGUAUGUUGAUACAUUGUUUUGUUGUCAAACUUGGCCUUGUGUGUUAUGAGGUCUCUCUGGAUAAUUCAUUGAUGGGUAUGUAUGCUCAGUUUGGACAAAUGGAUGAAGCAAGGAAAGUUUUCGAGUUUUCGGAUGAAAAGUCAAUAGUUUCUUGGACAACUAUUAUGGGGGGAUAUGUGAAGGUUGGGUGUACUGCAGAAGCGUUCAAGCUAUUUAAUCAAAUUCAGUAUCAAAAUAUUGACAUUGACUUUGUUGUGUUUCUGAAUCUUAUUUCUGGUUGCAUACAAUCUAGAGAGCUUUUGUUAGCUUCAUCAGUUCACUCUCUUGUACUCAAAUGUGGGUGUGAUGAAGAAGAUUCAAUUGAAAACUUGCUUAUAACUAUGUAUGCAAACUGUGGUAACCUUACAUCUGCUAGAAGGAUAUUUGAUGCAAUAAUAGGAAAGAGUGUUGUGUCAUGGACGUCGAUGAUUGCCGGAUAUGCCCAUUCAGGUCAUCUGGAGGAAGCAUUGGGUCUUUUUAGAAGGAUGGUUAGGACGGAAGUUAAACCAAAUGGAGCAACCCUUGCAACUAUUUUAUCAGCUUGUGCUGAUUUGGGUUCACUCAGCAUUGGACAGGAGAUCGAACAGUACGUUUUCGAAAAUGGAUUUGAAUUGGACCAACAAGUCCAAACAUCACUUAUACAUAUGUACUCCAAAUGUGGUAGUAUUAACAAAUCAAGAGAAGUAUUUGAAAGGGUCAAAAAUAAAGAUUUGACUCUUUGGACUUCCAUGAUAAAUAGUUAUGCCCUCCAUGGGAUGGGAAAUGAAGCUAUUAGCCUCUUUGGACAAAUGACAACUUCAGAGGGGAUAAAACCAGAUGCCAUUGUAUACACUAGUCUUUUGUUUGCUUGUAGCCAUUCAGGAUUGAUAGAAGAUGGAUUAAAGUACUUCAAAAGUAUGCAAACAGAUUUUGGAAUAACUCCUACAGUAGAGCAUUAUACUUGCUUGGUAGAUCUUCUUAGUCGAGUCGGCCAACUUGACUUAGCUCUAGAUGCAGUUGAGGCGAUGCCACAGGAAGUCCAAGCCAAAGCUUUGGGUCCAUUGCUUAGUGCUUGUAGGAUUCAUGGCAAUGUUGAACUCGGAGAGCUUGCAGCUGCCAAGUUAUUAGAUGUUAGUCCAAGAAGUUCUGCAAGUUAUGUACUAAUGGCUAAUUUGUACAAUUCUGUUGGUAAGUGGAACGAGGCAAAUACUAUGCGAAACUCUAUAGGUGAUAAGGGAUUGGUUAAAGAAUGUGGCUGGAGCCAGGUUCAGGUCAGUGUCUAAUUUCAUAUUUUCCGCGGGAAAUUUGGGACACUUAGGGUUACUCAAUAUCCACAAGACUCUAUAUAGCUGAAUUUUACUCUUCAAUGAGGUAGCAAUACACCAGUAGUAACUGAAAAUAUCAUAACUUAUUUCUCCUUUCUGCGAGACAUUCCUGAUUAAUGAUUAUUUCUAUUUUAGUACUAAAAUUAUAUUAAAAAGAGACAUAUUGUUUUAUGUAGUUUUUGCAGAAUCAACACAUGUGAGUAUUUAUUGGUUUAUUUACUUUGUGAAAAUUGGUUCCCCCCUUAAAUUGAUUCAGACACACUAUUUGCCUAUUCAUCCACUUAUCCACAACACAAAUCAUUAAACCCAUAGUCUCCAACUUGACAUCCAUUAACAUGCUAUUGAUAUUAUAUUAGUAUUAUUGACACAUUUGAUAUUCUUGUUUCCAAUCUAACAAAUUCAGAAGAUUUUUUUGUUUGUCUGCACACAGUUAAAUCUAAAUUAAAUCUAAAUAUGUUGGUCAAAGGUAUUCAAUAAACUUCAAGUUAGAUUAUAAUCUCGUUCUGUUUCGACUAUAAACAAAAAUAACUAAUUGAAUGAAAUGUGUACAUAAUUAGUUUUCAUUUUUUGUUUUGGUGCUAAACAUAACAGUCAUUAUUAUUUUCUUUGAAACACGAAGAUUGGAAUAUACAACUUAAAUUUUUAAUGGAAACAAGGUGUUAGAUCAUCUAACGAAUAUGGAGACGAGCAUCGAUAAUCCGGUCCACCAUCAAUGGUCUGUAUGAAUAAAUAGAAUUUAAGUACUUAACUGUAAUUUUAAACUGCUCCAUAACCCAAAGCUAUAGUUAGUAAUUGCAUCAACAUAUUGACAUUGUCUUUGUUGUGUUUCUGAAUUUAUUUAUGGUUGCAUACAAUCCGGAGAGCUUUUGUUAGCCUCAUAAGUUCAGUCUGCUCAGUCUGCUGUAUUCGUCUGUGGGUGUGAUGAAGAGGAUUCCAUUGGAUACUUGCUUAUAAUAUAACUAUGCAUGCAAACUUUGGCAACCUUACAUCUGCUUGAAGGAUAUUUGAUACAAUAAUAGGAAAGAGUGUUCUAUCAUGGACAUCAUUGAUUGCAAAAUAUGCUGGUUCGGGCCAAUCCAAAGGAAUCGUUGAGUCUUUUUAGAAGGAUGAUAAGGACGGAAACUAAACCAAAUGGAGCAACCCUAGCAACUACUUUAUCAGCUUGUGCUGAUUUGGGAUGACUCAACAUUGAACAACAAAUCGAACAAUACGUUUUUGAACACCGAUUUCAAUUGGACCAACUAGUCCAAACGUCUGUUAUACACAUGUACUCUAAAUGUGGUAGUAUUAGCAAAUCUAGAAAAGUAUUUGAAAGCGUAAAAAAUAAAGAUUUUACUCUUUGGACUUCCACGAUAAGUUGUUAUGCCAUCCGUGGGACGGGGAAUGAAGCUAUUAGCCACUUUGGAAAAAUGACAACUUCAGAGAGGAUAAAACAGAUGCCAUUGUUUACACUAGUCUUUUAUAUUCUUGUUGCCAUUCAGAAUUGAUAGAAGAUGGACUAAAGUACUUCAAAAGUAUGCAAAAACAGAUUUUGGAAUAACUCCUUCAAUAGAACAUUAUACUUGUUUGGUAGGUCUCUCAGCUGAGUCGGGCAACUUGAUCUAGCUUUAGAAACAAUUCAGGCGAUGCCUCCUGAAGUCCAAGCCGAAGCUUUUUCUCCAUUGCUUAGUGCUUGCAGGAUCCAUGACAUGCAGCUGCCAAUUUAUUAGACAUUUGUGGAAAGAGAAGUUGUGCAGCAUGGGGAACUUUGUUAAGAAACUCAUCCAUUAUCUUAAAGUCUCAACUAGAAAGAUUAUAAACUGUCAAGUGAAUGCAAUGAUUUUUAGCAUAAGCAUGUUCAGCAAUAACUAAUAAAGCAUGUUAUAUAAUAAGCAUGUUAGGCAAGCAGUAUGACUCAUGUAUGCAGUAUAAGUAUGUUAUGAAGUAGAAUAAACUUAGUCUGGUAUACACCAGUAUAUUCGCUAGCAGUAUCAGUUUGUAAUCAAUUGAACUGAAUGAAAUUCACAAUGAAAUGCUGCAUUCAUUAUUUCU